UAAAAUAUUAUAUAUAACAAACAACAACAACAAUAAUAAUAACAAAAUUAAAUGGAUGAAGAAGAGAACAGAGAAGUGGCUCUGUUAAGAAAUGAAGAAGAAGAAGAAGAAGAAGAAGAAAGAUGCCCAGGUUGUGUUCUUGAAAAGUUUAAGCAAUCAAAUUCUUCCAUUCCUUUCAACUAUUUCUUCUUUGUUUUUCUUCUAGCCCUUGCUGCAGCUUUACCAAUAUCAUCUUUGUUUCCAUUUCUGUAUUUCAUGAUAAGGGAUUUUGGUAUAGCAAAAAAAGAUGAAGAUAUUGGUUAUUAUGCUGGCGCAGUAGGAUGUGCAUUCAUGUUUGGGAGAUUUCUUACUUCCAUUUUUUGGGGAAUGAUAGCUGAUCGAUAUGGUCGUAAACCAGUCUUGAUUUUCGGCACAAUUUCAGUGGUAAUUUUCAACACACUUUUUGGGCUUAGUACAAACUUUUGGAUGGCAAUUUCAACAAGGUUUCUUCUUGGAAGUUUAUGUGGAAUUCUUGGACCAAUGAGGGCAUAUGCUUCAGAAAUUUGUCGUAAAGAAUACCAAGCUUUGGGAAUGUCAAUAAUUAGCACAGCUUGGGGAAUUGGAUUAGUAAUUGGUCCAGCUCUUGGAGGUUUUCUUGCACAGCCUGCAGAGAAGUUCCCAAGAAUAUUUUCCAAAGAAUCUCUAUUUGGGAGAUUUCCAUACUUUUUACCUUGCUUGGUCAUAUCAACAUUUGCUUUGGUUGUAACUAUUUUGUGUUAUUGGCUGCCGGAAACACUUCAUUUUCAUUGUAAAAAAGAUGAAGAAAAUUUGGAAGAAGAUAAUGACAUGGGAAAAUGUAAUCAACCUCAAAAACAAAGUCUUUACAAGAAUUGGCCUCUAAUGUCAUCUAUUAUGGUGUAUUGUGUUUUCCAACUUCAAGACAUGGGCUAUUCUGAGAUUUUUCCAUUAUGGGCUGUGAGUCCUAAGAAGUAUGGGGGCCUUAGCUAUUCAAGUGAACAAGUUGGUGAAGUUCUUGCUAUUUCAGGGUUUGCUAUGCUUGUUUUUCAGCUAUUUUUGUACCCUUCAAUUGAGAGGAGUUUUGGACCUGUACACUUGGCUCGAAUUGGAGCAGUGAUCACCAUAGUUGUGCUAUCAAGUUACCCUUUCAUAGCAAAGUUGUCCGGACUCACACUCACACUUUUAGUUGAUCUUGCAGCUAUGUUAAAGAAUGUAAUAUCUGUGUGCAUUACAACGGGAUUGUUUCUACUACAAAAUCGAGCUGUGAGUCAAAGCCAAAGAGGAGCGGCAAAUGGCAUAUCCAUGGCUGCAAUGUCUCUAUUCAAAGCGAUCGGUCCAGCUGGUGGAGGUGUCAUAUUUUCUUGGGCACAGAAUCAUCAAAAUGGAUCAUUUCUCCCCGGUGAUCAUUUAGUUUUCUUCAUUCUAAAUGUUGUUGAGUUUAUUGCUUUCGCAAUGACCUGCAAACCUUUUCUAGUUUUAACUGAUGUAACUUAAAACUCUUCACAAAUUUUAGUUCAACUAUUUCAUAUUUUUGAUCAUAAUGAAUGAAGAGACAUAUGUUACUGCAA